GGCUGUGACUAAUAAUAUGGAAAGUGACUAUUUCGCAAACGGGGUCGUUCUUUAGACCGUUGUACAUGGAGUAGCAGGUUCUGGUUUUGCUGAUAGGCUAACUAGAGGCAGAUACAUUAAACUGAAUUCAGUUCAGUUGUAUCUGCAUUUUACACUGCAACCAAACGAAGGACUCGUUUUGCAGCUGAUCUGGACGCAGUAAGGCAUUCUGGGAAGGCAUGGAACUGUGAAAGUAUGGCGGAUGGGGAAGAGCCGGAGAAGAAAAGAAGGCGAAUAGAGGAGCUGACUGAGAAAAUGGCCGUAGACGAAGGGCACACGGGCGCUGACUGGGAAGGACGCUGGAAUCACGUCAACAAGUUCCUGGAGAGACCUGGUCCCUUUACCCACCCGGACUUUGAGCCCAGCACUGAGACUCUCCCGUUUCUGCUGGAAACAUGCAAGAUUCUGGUGAUCGGAGCAGGAGGACUUGGCUGUGAGCUUCUCAAAGAUCUGGCCCUUUCUGGAUUUCGUCAUAUACAUGUCGUGGAUAUGGACACCAUUGAUGUCUCCAAUCUCAACAGACAGUUCCUCUUCAGGCCCAAAGAUGUGGGCCGGCCCAAGGCAGAUGUGGCAGCUGACUUCAUCAACAGCCGGGUCCCAGGAUGUGAUGUAGUCCCGCAUUUUCAGAAAAUCCAGGACUUCGAUGAAUCUUUUUACAGACAGUUCCACAUCAUCGUCUGUGGGUUGGAUUCCAUCAUUGCCAGAAGGUGGAUGAAUGGAAUGCUGCUGUCCCUGUUGGCGUAUGAGGAUGGCGUGCUGGACCCCAGCUCCAUCGUGCCGCUCAUUGACGGAGGGACGGAGGGCUUUAAGGGCAGCGCCCGGGUCAUCCUGCCCGGCAUGAACGCCUGCAUCGACUGCACCCUGGAGCUCUACCCCCCGCAGAUUAAUUUCCCCAUGUGUACCAUUGCGUCCAUGCCGCGGCUACCUGAGCACUGCGUAGAAUACGCCCGCAUGCUGCUGUGGCCCAAAGAAAAGCCCUUUGGAGAUGGCGCAGCGCUGGACGGUGAUAACCCAGAGCACAUCCAGUGGGUGUUCCAGAAGGCCCAGGAGAGGGCAGCGGAGUUCAGCAUUACCGGAGUUACUUACCGCCUCACACAGGGUGUUGUCAAGAGGAUCAUCCCCGCUGUGGCGUCCACCAAUGCAGUAAUAGCAGCUGCAUGUGCGUCGGAAGUCUUUAAAAUCGCCACAAGUGCGUAUGUGCCGCUGAAUAACUACCUGGUGUUCAAUGACGUGGACGGCCUGUACUCGUACACCUUUGAAGCGGAGAGGAAGGAGAACUGCUCAGCCUGCAGCCAGGUGCCCCAGAAGCUACAGUUCCCCCCCUCAGCCAGACUACAGGAAGUGCUGGAGUACCUGACCGACAACGCCUCUCUACAAAUGAAAUCUCCGGCCAUCACAGCAACACUGGAGGGGAAGAAUAAAACCCUUUAUUUACAGACUGUUGCCUCCAUUGAAGAACGAACAAGACCAAAUCUUUGCAAAACUUUAAAAGAACUGGGCCUGGCUGAUGGACAGGAGCUGGCCGUGGCUGAUGUCACCACCCCGCAGACGGUCCUCUUCAAGCUCAACUUCACGCCCUGACCCCCCCCCCCCCCCCCGAGCACCGAUCCAGCACUCCCAUCCACGCCCCCCCCCCCCCCAGAGCUCUGCUGCUCCAGCACUUCCUCCCCCUCCAGAGUGCGUGGAUAUCAACUGUUUCGACUGUCACAGCUAAUAAUGUACAUACAUGCCGUUUCAUGUGUGCUUAUUCUUAGUGCUCUUGCUAGCACCUGUUGCUGGUGUGUCUAGGCUCGUGUGUGUGUGUGUGUGUGUGUGUGUGUGUGUGUGUGUGUGUGUGUGUGUGUGUGUGUGUGUGAGAAGCGCAGUAUGGGGUUCGUGACUAGCUAAGAGGACUGAAGUUCAGGCAGGUUGAUUGGCGAGCACCAUUCAUCUCCGUUACCGUGGAGAGUAGACCAAGCGCUACAUCACACGCAGCUGACCGCUGGACUGCGUAGAGCUGACCACAGCUUUCACUUCCUGUGUGAUGCAUAGAGCUGACCACAGCUUUCACUUCCUGUGUGAUGCGUAGAGCUGACCACAGCUUUCACUUCCUGUGUGAUGCGUAGAGCUGACCACAGCUUUCACUUCCUGUGUGAUGCGUAGCAAACAGCACGCCUAGCGUCUACAGGUGCCCUGUGUUAGCGUAGCAAACAGCACACCUAGCGUCUACAGGUGCCCUGUGUUAGCGUAGCAAACAGCACGCCUAGCGUCUACAGGUACCCUGUGUUAGCGUAGCAAACAGCACGCUUAGCGUCUACAGGUGCCCUGUGUUAGCGUAGCAACAGCACGCUUAGCGUCUACAGGUGCCCAGCGUUAGCGUGUGCAGUUUCACAGGAGUGUACAUUAAAUAGUGAGUCCGUGCACACUCUGUGUAUUUGUUACAGAUGAUGUUUUUUUUGUUUUUUAUCUGUAAGGCUCACUUUAAACUAUCGUGUCUAGGAUUACAUGUAAAUACGCUCCCAUAUCUGAAGGCUUGUGGACUAAAAGCCUUCUGUGUACCAUAAUUAAAUGUUUUGCUUAAA